CUAACCGGUCUUUGUACAGAGACCAGAGAACUGUAUGCAGUGUAACAGCAAUAUUUGCUGUUCCUUUUAACUCUCCAAUGAACUGCUCACAAAGAAUGCACUGAUCCUGCCUGCAGCUUUGCAGGGCAAGGGCACUAAUCAGUGUAAAGAUCACAUUUUAUAUGAGAUCUUAAAACAAUUUUCUUACCAUAUUUUUAUACGCGUUUUUGUUACAGUCAUGGUGCUGGGGAAAGUAAAACUAUACACCAUUAGCUUUGACUGUCUAAAUGACAGCCAUGUCCCCGUAUAUUCUAGCGGGGAUAUAGUCUCAGGGAGGGUGAUCAUAGAAGUAACUGGAGAAGUAAAAGUGCAAUAUUUGAAACUUCAAGCAAAAGGCUAUGCUAAAGUGCGCUGGACUGAGUCAAGAAAUGCUGGCUCAAACACUGCCUAUACUCAGAACUACAAUGAAGAAGUGGAGUAUAUGAACCACAGUAUAAUCUUGCUUGGACACGAAAGAGAUGAGGAUUCUGAGGAAGGUUUGACCACAAUUUCUUCUGGACGGCAUGAGUACGCAUUCAGCUUUGAGCUUCCACAAACACCUUUGGCUACCUCAUUUGAAGGCAAACAUGGCAGUGUGCGUUACUGGGUGAAGAGUGUUUUGCACAGGCCUUGGCUUCUGCCAACAAUGAAAUCAAAAAAAGAAUUCACAGUGUUUGAACACAUUGACAUAAACACUCCACUACUGCUGUCUCCCCAGGCAGGCACAAAAGACAAGACUCUUUGUUGCUGGUUUUGUACCUCAGGCCCAAUAUCCUUAAGUGCCAAAAUAGAAAGAAAGGGCUAUACUCCAGGUGAAUCAGUUCAGAUAUUUGCCGAAAUUGAGAAUUGCUCUUCUCGCAUGGUUGUGCCAAAAGCAGCCAUUUACCAAACACAGACCUUUUAUGCCAAAGGGAAGACGAAGGAAGUGAAACAGCUUGUGGCAAAUUUGAGGGGAGAAUCACUUUCCUCCGGGAAAACUGAAACGUGGAAUGGCAAGCUGCUAAAGAUACCACCAGUGUCGCCAUCUAUUUUGGACUGUAGUAUCAUCCGUGUAGAGUACUUGCUUAUGGUGUAUGUGGAUAUCCCUGGAGCAAUGAAUUUGUUCUUAAAUUUGCCACUUGUCAUUGGUACAAUACCCUUGCAUCAGUUUGGCAGUCGGACAUCCAGUGUUAGCAGUCAGUGUAGCAUGAACGUGAACUGGCUCAGCCUGGCACUGCCUGAAAGACCUGAAGCACCUCCUAGCUAUGCAGAUGUUGUUACAGAUGAGCAACGGUUGAGUAACUUAGCACCAUCAACUCUUCGUGGUGACUUGGAUCGGGCACCAGAGGGACCACUCUACCAAUAUAUCCACGAAUUUCGGUAUCAGCCCCCACCUCUGUAUUCAGAGGUAAGAUGUUGGCAGUUGUUUUGUAAAAUUGUUGACCCAAAUCCAGACCAGUCUACAGAAGAGAGGCCAAUCUGUCCAUCCCGUUGAAGAGUGGUCUGCACCAGAUGGCUGAAGUUCAUUGCAGACAGAAGCGCUUCUCUUCCGAGGACAAGAGAAUGUGUAUUGGAGAUCCGCUUUUACAGGAAUUCAUGUUUUUCCUGAUAUUGUGUGGAUACAUGCAUACAACCUGUGAUCAUGAUAGUGCUUGUGUUCUAAGCAAGUAACUGUUUCGCAUGCCUGAAGAAACUAACUUGCUCCUUUCAUGAAAUACCAUUGGCACAUAUUUGGAGCAACAGUUGGUGUAUGGUCGUAUGUGUUGACAUUUGCAGCAUUCGUCAGAUGAGGAAUGGAUAAACGCCUCCUGUUCAUGCAAAAAUUUGCACGCUUUCUUCAGUGCUUGUAUUUUAUGGUUCCAUUUAAUAUCACUACAGCGUCUUUGAGGCACUCAGCUGUAAACCACAGGCUCUUCCUACCUGUGUAGCUCAUCUGUGGACUGCAAGAAGAACAAACAAAAAAAAGUCAUAAACUUAAAAGACAGUGCACUGACGUUUUAAAUUUUACUUUUAUGUAGCCAGACUGUGCUUGCACAUACAUUUUCUCACUCAGUAUUGCUCUAAUAUGCUGACCUUCUAUCACUUCCGUCAGUCUGGAUUCAGUUAUGUGGACAUUCUUGCAAACAUCAAAUGCCUUUAAGCCAGUCUGCUUUGUUGUGCAUUUCUUUUGCUUCCUUUUGUAGUAGAACAGCAACAGAUUAUAAGGAAACUGGCUGAUGGUGUAUAAAAACAGAGCAGAGAAUGUCUGUGGGUUCAGUAGUUCUUAACAUCUUUUAUACAUUUGUUGCCUUUCUACUGUCACUGCACAGCAGCGUUAUGUUACAGGCUGCCUAAAUGCUCAAUCUCAGGUGAACUUACCACUUGCCAAACUAUCGAUGGCUUUUUGUUUCAUUAAAUUGCACUUCUUGAAAAGAGGGACUUGCACAAAAUGCAAUAAGCGAUACCAGUUCCCUUUUUAUCCUGUCUUAGCUGCAGAACAGAUACACUUAUUACCAGAUAACCUAGUUUUAGUAAGCUGGGGCAGGCAGAAUUCAGAAAAAUAGCACCAGCAAAAUGCAAAAGUCAGAGGAAUAAUGACGUGGCACUUUUGUAUCCUGUUAUCUUUUUAAAUUCCAUGUUCCAUCCUCUGACAAGAAUUUUUUUUCUUUUUUGGUGUUCUCUUUUCCGUUCCAUCCUCUGAUGAGAAAUUCAGUGAUUUAAUUAGGAAGGAUCAUGAGGGGCGUUUUUGUUAAAUCGAAAAACAAACAGUCUGCUACAGUUAUUGCAGUGAAGUUAGUGUAACAAAUGGUCUUUGGUGUGGUAGCUGAUUGUUUUGUUUACUAGACUGAGAGAACCAGGAAACAUUUCUGGGACUGAUGUGAUAUUUAAUGUGCAGUAAAAUCUUAGUAUGCAUUGAAAGUUUUGAGAAAAAAGUGAUCACAUUAAUGCUUGUGAUCUAAAUAAGUAACUGUUUGCAUUCAUCUGAGGCCUUAUUAAGAAAUGAACAAAUGCCAGCUGAACACUUAAAAGAGCUUUAUGCUCAGUUAACUGUAGCCAAAUCUGGCUUCUGUUCUUUACCAAGGAGUUUGACUUUUCAGUUAAAUCACUGCUGCCUGGUGGGAUAAAAAGGGAAAGGGGACAAAAUAUCAUUUAAAGGUUAUAAAAAGAAAUGUGGAUGCCCAUGACUUUCCCUGAUUCCUCUUACAAUGAACAUAAUAUUCCUGCUUGGCAUCAAAGGGCAUUUGUUGUUGUUUGGUCAGAGAAAUCCCUCUUUAUUAAUGUAGACUAGGGAACAAUUGCUAGCACCUAAAACAUAGGGUAGCUAUUUGCAUCACAGUGUGAUUAAAGAAGUGAGAUCAGCCAACAUAUUCCAGUCAAGUAAAUAUCCGAAGAAAAUGUGAUUAGAAUAAAGACCUGUCCCGUUUAUCUUUAAAAGAUAAUUCCAUAUCUUGGUGGUUGUUUCUGUGCUAUAUAAUUGCAUCCACUUCUUAAGGACAUUGUUGAUCUGUAUCAUCACAACUGUCUAUGUAUUUGUCAAUACAUAUAUUGUAGAUGUACAUGGGACGUACGUAGUAGUCCAGUAUUCAAGCUAGGUUCCUAAUUUUAAAUUGGGAACAACAAAUUCAAAAAAAAAAUCCAAAAUGUUCUAGGAACAAUGUGCAAUAUUCAAUGUUUUCUUGUUUGUUUUACAGACUUUAUUCUGUGGUUGUUUGUACAUUUUACUUUUAUUUUAUUUUUUUUUAGUUUGGUGCUGUUAAUUGUCUUUGUAGAUUAUGUUAUAAAAGAAAUGUUUGCAAACAAUGAUUGAUUGUUCCUUGAGCUCUUCCUUGUGGAAAUAAACAUGUUUUUGUAAUAAA